AUGGCGUCUGGCCCAGAAAGCCUAAGCCCGCCGGGUCAGGGAGAGAAAAAGCAACGAGGUCUUGGUUCCAUCCCCCACAUUGCCCGCACCCUGCUGGCCAAACCAGGCCGACGGCUCGCCCCAGUUGUUAUUUUUAAUUCUGGUGCGUGGGCAUCGUGCCAUGUGCGUCAUGCCUCUUGGGCGAGGAGCCAAGCCUCAUCAGGCCGUCACACCCCUAGCCCGAACUGUCCAGUGCCUUUCGCCGGCUCGUACGAAGCAUCAUCGUCCAUCACCAGCCAUCACCCGUCUCGCCCCCUCUCCACUGCGGUGCCGGCCGGAAGCCCUGCUCAGUUCGGUUCUGCUCUGCUCUGCCCUGCUGCCCCCGUCUCCUCGUGGACAUUAUUCGUGAUUGCAGGCAGAUGCUGUGUUCUUGGCACUGCGAGAAUGCCGACUGGUCCCUUGCCUGGGAUCAUGCCCGCUUGUGCUCCGUGUUUUGCGUCUCAGACAUCAAUGUGCAGGCAGGUCAAGUACGAUACCCGUAGCAAACAGCAGACAAGUGCAAAAAGCCCCCCACUGCAUGUACCUAACCGCUACGACUCACCACCUGAAAACCCCGAGUCGCACAGCGCGUGGCACCCCCUUCCACCCCCCGUCAGUCGCGGGACAUGGCCGCUGAGGGGCCUUUUGUCAACGGGCAAGUACCUGCUGUACCCGUCGUCUCCUGCCAGGCUAAGCCUAAUGGGCCUCUCCCACGUCGGCGGACGAGCAAAGCUCUCGCUAGCAGCAGCGCUCAGAGUGGAAGGAUCUAAGCAGCUAGCAGCAGCGCUACAGGUUCGGCGAGGUCAGGCCGGGGCCAGGCAUAGCGUAGCGCCCAGCCUAGCCCAGCAGGCGCCGCAGCACGGCACCGCACAGCACGGCACCGCACGCUUGGGGGAGAAGCUCGCUGAGCGCCCGGUGGGAUGCCGCCGCCAUUAUUUAACAUUCCCCAGUCCCCCAAACACCUCCCCUCUCUCUUCCCUCUCCCCUGGUCUUAACACUCCAAAUCUUCUCGAUUCCAACGUUCGCUCUCCCACAUUCGCUUCCCACCUUUCCUCUCGCUCCUAG